AUGGAGCAGCGAAAGGAAGAGCUUACUCGGAGGCCAAUAUAUGUCUAUAACCUCCCUCCAGACAUUUUAACGAAUCUAGCUCUGAAGAAAGACGAUGGGCUUGUACCCGAAGCAAGCAAACCAGAACCAGCGAAUAACACAGUCUCCACACCAGAAUCAAGAGCAGAAGCUGGUGAUGGAUCAAAAUCUUGUUCCCUAUGCGGAGUUACAUUUUAUACCGUGGAGGACCAGAGGGGUCAUGUUCGCUCCGAUUUGCACGGGUACAAUUUAAAGCAACGAAUACGAGGGGUGAAACCUGUGACGGAGGGGGAAUUCGAAAAGCUGGUAGGAGAUCUGAACGAAAGUCUCUCAGGCUCCGAUUCGUCUGAUUCCGAAGAUGCUGAGGUGGGACAUCCACGCAAAGAAACGGCAUUGAGCGCGUUGCUGAAAAGGCAAGCAGCUCUCUCGUCGCCAAACGAUGACGAGAUGGGCGAUCUUGCGUCGAAUAAGCAGAAAAAGGGACCAGGAAAGGCACCGCUGUGGUGGUUCGCAGCUCCGGUUUUGCCUAAGAACACAUAUCUGGGUAUAUAUCGAGCAAUAUUUACCGACGAGGAGCAGAAGAAUGAGUCGGCGAUACUGGAAAUCAUUAAGCAGAAACAACUUUCUCCGAAACCACAGCUCAAAAUCCCUACCGACCCGAAUAAUGGGGUCCCCUUACCCGAGGCGUACAAGGGCCCUCAUAUCUUCCUUUGCAUGAUAGGAGGGGGGCACUUUGCAGCCAUGGUAGUGUCCCUUGCGCCGAAGCAGACAAGAUCCUUAGCGCCAGGCCCAUUAAUGCGCGAAGCAACAGUGUUGGCACAUAAAACUUUCCACCGGUAUACAACACGUCGAAAGCAAGGUGGUGCACAAUCGGCGAAUGAUUCUGCUAAAGGAGCGGCCCAUUCCGCUGGAUCAAGCCUUAGGCGGUAUAAUGAGCAAGCACUCACUGAGGAAGUACGAUUGCUCUUACAGGAUUGGAAGGGCAUGAUCGAUACGUCUGAGUUGCUGUUUAUACGCGCUACAGGCAAUACCAAUAGGAGAACCCUCUUCGGCCCAUAUGAGGGACAAGUAAUUCGUCAGAAUGAUCCGAGGAUUCGAACCUUCCCAUUUAAUACCCGCCGCGCAACGCAAAACGAACUGAUGCGCUCUUUUGUCGAAUUAACCCGGGUCAAAAUCCACGAAGUCGACGAAGCCGCUCUGGAAGCAGCAAGACUCGCAGCUUUAGAACCCAAAGUCUCAAAACCAUCUAAACCAGUAGCGCCACAAGCACCCAAACCAACUGAAGAAGAAGAAACAGCCAUCCUCCACACAACCCAAAUCCAAGCUCUAAUCCGCCGCUCCAAACUCCCCGCCCUCCUCAGUUACCUAAAAUCCAACUCACUACCUGCAGAUUUCACCUUCUUCCCAGAGAAUCACCACGCCCCAACACCCCUUCAUUUAGCCGCGAGCCAAAAUUCCCCGCCGCUGGUAACAGGUCUACUAGUCAAAGCAGGCGCUGACCCAACACCCCUCAACGCCGACGGGAAAACGUCAUUCGAACUCGCCGGAGAUAGAGCAACCCGCGAUGCCUUCCGCGUAGCGCGGUCAGAACUCGGAGAAGGGAAGUGGAACUGGGACGCUGCGCACAUUCCUGCCUCAAUAUCACGUGCUGAUGCUGAGGCGCGUGAUAAGAGGGACAAACAAGAAGAAGCGAAAAAGGAGGAGGAGUGGAGGGCGGCCGAGAAAGAGAGGUUGAAGGAGCAGGGUCCGAAAAUCGAUGAGGGGAGAGCGCCAUUGGGGAAGGCUGCGGGAAGGGGCAGGGCGCUUGCAUUGGGCAUGGUUGCUAAGUCUGCGCAGGAGAAGAGGGAGGAGGAAGCUAAAGGGUUGACGCCUGAGAUGAGGGUUAGGCUUGAGAGAGAGAGGAGGGCUAGAGCGGCUGAAGAGAGGAUGAAGAAGAUGGCUAGUGGUGCGUAG